CCGAACCUGCUUCCCAGUUUGCAAUGUUUUAUUUCCACUGUCCUCCGCAGUUAGAGGUAGGCACUGCACCCUUUGGCAACCACACCACAGGUGAUUUUGAUGAUGGGUUUUUAAGGAGAAAACAACGUCGGAAUAGGACCACUUUCACUCUUCAGCAGCUGGAAGCUCUGGAGGCAGUCUUUGCCCAAACCCACUAUCCAGAUGUCUUCACCAGAGAAGAGCUAGCCAUGAAAAUCAACCUCACAGAAGCCAGAGUGCAGGUAUGGUUUCAGAAUCGAAGAGCAAAAUGGAGGAAAACAGAAAGAGGGGCUUCCGAUCAGGAGGGCCCCAAAGAGCCAAUGACAGAGGUGACCCCACCAGUGAGAAACAUCAAUUCCCCCUCCCCAGUGGAACAAACUCGGAACAAAAAGGAUACCCUGGAGGCCCAGCAGAGCCUGAGUCGAACUGUGGGCCCCACAGGUCCUUUCUUCCCUUCGUGCUUACCUGGAACGCUCCUGAACACAGCCACCUACGCUCAAGCUUUGUCACAUGUUGCUUCAUUGAAAGGGGGCCCACUGUGCUCUUGCUGUGUUCCAGAUGCCAUGGGGCUCUCUUUCCUCCCUACUUAUGGCUGCCAGAGUAAUCGUACGGCUAGCGUGGCUGCCCUCCGCAUGAAAGCCCGGGAGCACUCAGAGGCUGUCCUGCAGUCUGCCAACCUCCUGCCUCCUACCAGCAGCAGCCCCACCCCACCCACCAAACCCAACCCAGAGAAUAGCCAAGACAAGACGCCCCCCGCCAAGGAACAGAAUGAGGGGGAGAAGAGUGUAUGAGUUGCUAAAGUCACAGAUUGAUUUUAAUAAACCCUACUAUGUCCUCCUCCCUUCCUUGUCUCCUCUCCUCAGCCCCCAAGCAGAAACGUUUAACACAAGUUGUGAGGUGGAUCCCCACAUCCUAGACAGCCUUUUGUGUAGUGGAGCACCAUGGAGUCUUCCUGGAGAUCAGAGAGAUAAAAGGGACAGAAGGAUGAAUCCUUUGGCUGCACACGACAUAGUCCUUCUUGAAAGCUGAUGGAUGAGUCUGUGUAACUUAUUUAUUUAUUCACGUAUUUGUUUGUUGCUCAUUUGUCCCUCUUGCUGUUGGGCA